AUGAUGUCAUCAAUUUUUACAGCUGGAAAUGUUGCUUGUUCGUGGGGACGGGGUGAGGAUGGGCAGCUGGGCCAUGGAGAUGCUGAAGAUCGACUUUCUCCUACUCAGUUGAGUGCAUUGGAUGGCCUGGACAUAGUAUCUGUUACUUGUGGAGCUGAUCACACAACUGCAUAUUCGGAUUCACAUAUGCAAGUGUACAGCUGGGGAUGGUAUGUUCUCAAUCUAUUGCUAUCCGAAGUAAUUAUUCUUAGUGUUUUUGUGAAAGACUCAGCUUUCUCUGCCACAAUAUUCCGUGGUUAUUUACAUUCAAGAAAUUGGGCUUAG